AUGUAUUGCAGAGCACACUUCCUUGUCGUGCUUCCAGCACUUCAGCUCGCCACAGCGAAUCCGAUUGCCUUCCCUCAAGGCGGAAGUAAUUCCUGCCCUUCUGAAGAUUUGAAAGAGGCGACCUGGAAAAAACUGGAUCUCGAUGGUUUUCUCGCGGGUGCUGCUCCAAAUCUCACUACAAACGAUGUCCAAGGGUUUGCUUCCUCGCUAGGAGCCCCCAACUUCUUUUGUGGACUUGACCAAUUUUGCAACGCCGGCCAACCUUGUCUUCCAGUCCCUCUUCCCGCAUGGUAUGCCCUGGUCGCAGUCCAGAACUAUAAUAGCUACAUGAACUCACUCAAUACUGCCAUCUCAUUCGCCGCCUCCAUCAUGUCCUUGGAGAUACCUGCCGUUGUCGCCGACUUCUGGCCCGAACCUACAGACGAUGUUACCCCUAUCAAAGACAUGGUUUCUUUGGUCACCUCUGCCCUAAGUGCCGUUCCAUUCACUGGCGCGCUGGCCACAGUGAACACUGUUUCUGGGGUGGUUGCCAAUUUCUUAACCAACCAAAUGAAACCCCCGGAGCGACCAAAUCUCUUUGUUAAAUGGAGCGACAUUGGCGUGAGCAUCGCUACCGCUGUCAAAGACUACCAAUCCACUGUUGCAAAUUCUCUCCGAACUACACUCGACGCUGAGAUCGACAACCCAACGUCAGGUAUUAAUUCCAUUUUGGCCGGCGGUGGGUUCCUAGGCGUCGCCCAAAACUUCACGGAAACGGAUAUGCAGAAAAAGGUUGCAGAUAGUAUGAAGCUUCGCUCUAUCGCUCUUCUACUGCAAGGGCAAAAGGCCUACAUCUACAGGUCCACCAACCCCGCUGGCACCUGCAGUAACGGAGAUCAGCCUUACAGACUAUGCACUUCGGCUACUGAUCGCCCAAACGCCUUCGCACUACGAAUGGGUGACGAUACUCAAUUUGACAUCGCUAAUCUAAUGAUAACAAAGUAUGGCAUCUCCAAGGAAACAUUCUUGCAAGGUCCCUCGGACUGCUUCGACGAACACGGUGUGCAGCUUUUCACCCCAGAGAUCUUGCCAAUUGACGCCUCCGCCAAGUGUAUCUUCAACCUUCCGGUGUGCACUUUCAACGCCGAUACUUUCCCGGGACGCACUGUCCAGGAAAACUGCAGACUACAAGGAAUUGACGUGUAA